CUCUUAUCCAACAAGUUUUUACUCUCCAACUUCCAUGAUGGCGUCUUCUAUCAAGCCAGUUCUUCCCACCUCCUACAAAGCUGCCGUCAUUGAAGCACCCGGAGCUCCUUUGAAAGUCAUCGAUGUUGAUUUGAAGAAGCCCGGUCCUGGCCAAGUUCUAGUCAAGGUUCUUGCUUGUGGUGUUUGUCAUUCCGAUGCGGGACUUCAGCAAGGUCAUUUUGGGCCACACCUUUUCCCGCGCGUCCCAGGCCACGAGAUCGUCGGGGACGUUGUUGAAAUUGGCGAGGGAGUCAGCCGCGUCGCGAAUGGAGACCGUGUUGGAGGGACUUGGCAUGGAGGUCACGACCAUACUUGUCGCCAAUGUCACAUGGGGCUCUUUCAAAUCUGCGACAAUGCCGUUUCUAACGGCAUCUCUCAAGACGGUGGUUAUGCGGAAUUCGUCUUGCUUCGUUCCGAGGCAGUUGUCAGAGUUCCCAAAGACCUAGAUCCGGCUCAAGUUGGUCCUCUGCUCUGCGCUGGCGUCACAGUUUUCAACAGCAUCCGUAAGAUGAAAAUUGAACAAGGAAACCUUGUUGCUAUUCAGGGCAUUGGUGGAUUAGGUCAUUUGGCAAUUCAGUACGCCAACAAAAUGGGAUACAAGGUUGCGGCUCUCAGUUCUGGUCCAGAAAAACGAGACCUUGCCUUGAAACUCGGAGCGCACGAGUUUAUCGAUUCCAGCCAAGUUGAUCCUAUUGAAGCACUCAAGGAGUUGGGUGGCGCCGCACUCAUUAUUGCCACAGCACCCAACCCCAAAUCCAUUGCUCCUCUCACGGGGGCGCUUAGGGCAGCUGGAAAGCUUUGCGUGCUCUCGCCGGUGGGCCAGCUUGAGAUCAACAGCUUUGAUCUGAUUUCAAAAGCCGCGUCUGUUCAUGGUUGGCCUAGUGGGCAUGCUUUGGACUGCGAAGAUGCAAUCGAUUUCGCGCGGACGCAUGGGGUAACGUGUCUUGUUGAGCGUUUUUCUCUCCAUAACGCUCAAGAAGCGAUGGAUACAAUGAUUCAGAAUAAGGUCAGGUUUCGAAGUGUUCUGGUUAUGGGAUCGGAAUAGAAGAUGGUCAAGCUACAUUUAGAACUUGAUAUUGUGUUGAC